UAUCUACACCCUUCAAUUUAUUAUUUCCUUUAUCCUCAUCUUCAGAACAGUCUCUUCUCUUUGUUUCUCUGCAAUGGCUACCACUACCAUUCUGAGAUGUGGUUUCUUUCCUACUUCACUCCAUCACCACCAUACCCACCAUUUCCAGACAUGGAAAGUUAGGACUUUGGGCAUGGUGGGGAAGAACAAAGCAUCUUUCCUAACACCUUCCAUAACAAGGCGGAGAACUAUGGUAUUUGCAGUCAAUGAUGCCGAGAAGUCUUUUAAGCAAACUGUGGAAGUGGAUAGGUUGAUAGAUGUGCUAAGGGACUCAAAUGAGAAAGAACUUCAGAAGCUUGUUGUUGAAAAUGUUCUUGCAUUCAAUGAGAGUUUCUGGAUUCGACUUGCUGCUAGAACAGAGACAUGCAAAUCCGAGGAUGAUAAAAAAGAUUAUGAGGAAUUGGCGUUAUCUGUUAUGAGUAUCGUGGAUCGCCUUGUCAAUAAGACCAGAGAGAAAAUAGAAUCAUCCACAGAUAUACUAAAAAGUAUUUUACGGCCUGUAGUUGACGUUGAGGAAGAGAUUGCAUGGCCUCCAAGAGAUCCCAAGGCCCUUGUUCAGAUGGAGAAAGAACUAAAUCAAAGGGAACAAGAGGGUCAACUGGAUGAGGGGUUUCUUGCCGAAGUCAAUGCGCAAUUACGGCAAGCAAAUGAAGAUGUGGAUAAACCAGGACUUGCAGCCAUGUUGCAGAAAGUAUUACAACUCUAUGCUUCAAGAAUUCUCUCUAAACGUAGUUAUGCCAUGAAAGGGAAUGAAAUUUUGAAAGCUGAGGAAUUCCUUGAGAAUAUAAUCAAAGCACCCGAAGAAGAAUGGAAUAGAUUAUUGCUCAAUGGUCUGACUCUUGGAAAAGGUGAGGUGGCUGCAGACGACCUAUAUGCUGUCAUUAAGAAAAGAAUUGAGCGCACUUUGAUCCGAACUGAGGGAGGAUCGUACCAGCAGCGAGUUCUGACAGAGUUUUUGAGGGGCAUCAAGUCGAGAGCAGAGCAGGUUGUCCAAAUACUUGAGGGCAAGCCACAGUGAAUUGUAAUGCAGUAAUGUUUAGUGCGAAUAUGGUUACCUCUUAGUUUGCUAGCUGAAUUAUUACACACAUAGGAAAAAAAAAUCUAGAAAAUACAAAAAGAAUAUCUCCUUUUCACAGAAUUUGUUUAACUGUUAUAUGUGUUGCCCUCCCUUUCACAAAUGGUAUAUAUUCAAUGAGCUUGUCUUUUAUCGAGCAAGUAUUUACAAAAUAAUAUGACAAAAUCACGAAGAUUCUAUCA